AUGUGUGUCCAGGCGAGGAAGUGGCAGCAGCUCAAUUCCAAGAGGUAUGGGGAGAAGCGGAAGUUUGGGUUUGUGGAGGCGCAGAAGGAGGAUAUGCCUCCUGAGCACGUCAGGAAGAUCAUCAGGGAUCAUGGUGACAUGUCUUCCAGAAAGUUCCGCCACGACAAGCGGGUGUAUCUGGGAGCGCUCAAGUUUGUGCCGCAUGCUGUGUACAAGCUGCUGGAGAACAUGCCCAUGCCGUGGCAGCAGCAGGUGAAGCACGUGAAGGUGCUGUACCACAUCACGGGCGCGAUCAGCUUCGUGGAUGAGAUCCCUCGCGUCAUCGAGCCGGUCUACAUCGCGCAGUGGGGCACCAUGUGGAUCAUGAUGCGGCGCGAGAAGCGCGACAGGCGGCACUUCAAGCGGAUGCGGUUUCCGCCGUUUGACGACGAGGAGCCGCCCCUCGACUAUGCAGACAACUUGCUGGAUGUCGAGCCGCUGGAGGCCAUUGAGCUGGAGCUGGAUGAGGAGGAGGAUGCGGCGGUGUACGAGUGGUUCUAUGAUGACAAGCCGCUGCAGUACACCAAGUUUGUCAACGGGGCAAGCUACCGGCGGUGGCGGCUGCCGCUGCCGGUGAUGUCUGCGCUUUACCGGCUGGGAGGCCAGCUGCUGAGCGACCUGACGGACCAGAACUACUUCUACCUCUUCAAUACAAACGCGUUCAUCACGGCCAAGUCGCUGAACAUGGCCAUCCCCGGCGGGCCCAAGUUUGAGCCGCUGUUCCGGGACAUGGACACGCGCGACGAGGACUGGAAUGAGUUCAACGACAUCAACAAGCUCAUCAUCCGCUCCCCAAUCCGCACCGAAUACAAGGUGGCGUUUCCGUACCUGUACAACAACCGGCCGCGCAAGGUGCGGCUGAGCCCGUACCACUACCCCAUGGUCAUGUACAUCAAGAUGGAGGACCCCGACCUGCCGGCCUUCUACUACGACCCCCUCAUCCACCCCAUCGCCUUCUACAAGUCCGACGCCCCCACCGGCACAGAGGCCCUGGACGACGAUGAGGAGGACGCAUUCACCCUCCCAGAGGACGUGAACCCGUUCCUGGAGGAGACGCCGCUGUACACGGACAACACAGCGCAGGGCAUCGCGCUGCUGUGGGCGCCGCACCCCUUCAACAAGCGCUCGGGGCUCACCAGGCGCGCUGUGGACAUCCCGCUCGUCAACUCCUGGUUCCACGAGCACUGCCCACAGAACAACCCGGUGAAGGUGCGCGUGAGCUACCAGAAGCUGCUGAAGCUGUUUGUGCUCAACAAGCUUCACCACCGGCCGCCGAAGAACAUGAAGAAGAAGAGCCUGUUCAAGGCACUACGCGCGACUAAGUUCUUCCAGAGCACGGAGCUGGACUGGGUGGAGGCUGGGCUGCAGGUGUGCAGGCAGGGCUACAACAUGCUGAACCUGCUGAUCCACCGCAAGAACCUCAACUACCUCCACCUGGACUACAACUUCAACUUGAAGCCCGUGAAGACGCUGACCACCAAGGAGCGCAAGAAGUCUCGCUUCGGCAACGCCUUCCACCUGUGCCGUGAGAUCCUGCGUCUCACCAAGCUGGUCGUGGAUGCCAAUGUCCAGUUUCGGCUGGGCAAUGUGGACGCGUUCCAGCUGGCAGACGGCCUGCAGUACACCUUCUCACACGUGGGCCAGCUGACCGGCAUGUACCGGUACAAGUACAAGCUCAUGCGCCAGAUCCGCAUGUGCAAGGACUUGAAGCACCUGGUGUACUACCGGUUCAACACGGGCCCCGUGGGCAAGGGCCCCGGCGUGGGCUUCUGGGCGCCCAUGUGGCGCGUGUGGCUCUUCUUCCUGCGUGGCAUCGUGCCCCUGCUGGAGCGCUGGCUGGGCAACCUGCUGGCGCGCCAGUUCGAGGGGCGCCAGUCCAAGGGCGUUGCCAAGACCGUCACCAAGCAGCGCAUCGAGUCCCACUUUGAUCUGGAGCUGCGCGCUGCCGUCAUGCACGACAUCCUGGACAUGAUGCCCGAGGGUGUGAAGCAGAACAAGGCGCGCACCAUCCUGCAGCAUCUCUCUGAGGCAUGGCGGUGCUGGAAGGCAAACAUCCCUUGGAAGGUGCCGGGGCUGCCGGCGCCGAUUGAGAACAUGAUUCUGCGCUACGUGAAGCAGAAGGCGGACUGGUGGACCAACGUGGCGCACUACAACCGCGAGCGCAUCCGCCGCGGCGCCACCGUCGACAAGACCGUGUGCCGCAAGAACCUGGGCCGCCUCACCCGCCUCUACCUCAAGGCCGAGCAGGAGCGCCAGCACAACUACCUCAAGGACGGUCCAUAUGUGACACCUGAGGAGGCAGUGGCGAUCUACACAACAACGGUGCACUGGCUGGAGUCACGCAAGUUCAGCCCCAUCCAGUUCCCGCCGCUGUCCUACAAGCACGACACCAAGCUGCUCAUCCUGGCCCUGGAGCGCCUCAAGGAGCAGUACACCGUGGCCGUGCGCCUCAACCAGCAGCAGCGCGAGGAGCUUGGGCUUGUCGAGCAGGCAUAUGACAACCCCCACGAGGCGCUGUCCCGCAUCAAGCGGCACCUGCUCACGCAGCGCACCUUCAAGGAGGUCUCCAUCGAGUUCAUGGACCUGUACAGCCACCUGAUCCCGGUGUAUGAGAUCGAGCCGCUGGAGAAGAUCACUGACUCCUACCUGGACCAGUACCUGUGGUACGAGGCGGACAAGCGCCACCUUUUCCCCAACUGGGUCAAGCCCGCUGACUCCGAGCCGCCGCCGCUGCUCGUCUACAAGUGGUGCCAGGGCAUCAACAACCUGGCGGACAUCUGGGACACCAGCAAUGGAGAGUGCGUGGUCAUGAUGCAGUCCGAGCUGGAGAAGAUGUUCGAGAAGGUGGACCUGACGCUGCUGAACAGGCUGCUGCGCCUGAUCCUGGACCACAACAUCGCGGACUACAUGACGGCCAAGAACAACGUGGUGAUUGCCUACAAGGACAUGGCGCACACCAACGCGUACGGCCUCAUCCGCGGCCUCCAGUUCGCCUCCUUCAUUGUCCAGUACUACGGCCUUGUGCUGGACCUGCUCAUGCUGGGGCUCACACGCGCCUCCGAGAUUGCUGGCCCCCCGCAGAUCCCCAACGAGUUCUUGACGUUCCGGGACACCCGCACGGAGACGCGGCACCCCAUCCGCCUGUACUCGCGCUACGUGAACAAGAUCCACAUCCUGUUCCGCUUCAGCGCGGACGAGGCGAAGGACCUGAUCCAGCGCUUCCUGACGGAGCACCCGGACCCCAACAACGAGAACAUCGUGGGCUACAACAACAAGAAGUGCUGGCCGCGCGAUGCGCGCAUGCGGCUCAUGAAGCAUGACGUCAACCUGGGCCGCGCCACCUUCUGGGACAUGAAGAACCGGCUGCCGCGCUCGCUGACCACCCUUGACUGGAACAACUCCCUCGUCUCCGUCUACUCCCAGGACAAUCCCAACCUCCUCUUCUCCAUGUCCGGGUUUGAGGUUCGGAUCCUGCCCAAGAUCCGCAUGGUGGCGGAGGGCUUUGCCAACAAGGACGGCGUGUGGAGCCUGCAGAACGAGGCCACCAAGGAGCGCACGGCCCAGGCCUUCCUGCGCGUCGACGAUGAGGCCCUCAAGAGCUUCGAGAACCGCAUCCGCCAGGUCCUGAUGUCUUCGGGGUCGACGACGUUCACAAAGGUGGCCAACAAGUGGAACACGGCGCUGAUUGGGCUGAUGACGUACUUCCGCGAGGCCACCGUGCACACCCAGGAGCUGCUGGACCUGCUCGUCAAGUGCGAGAACAAGAUCCAGACCCGCAUCAAGAUUGGGCUGAACUCGAAGAUGCCCUCGCGGUUCCCGCCGGUCAUUUUCUACUCGCCCAAGGAGAUUGGCGGCCUGGGCAUGCUAUCCAUGGGCCACAUCCUGAUCCCCCAGUCCGACCUGCGCUACAGCCAGCAGACCGACCUGGGCAUCACCCACUUCCGGGCUGGCAUGAGCCACGAGGAGGACCAGCUCAUCCCCAACCUGUACCGCUACAUCAUGCCCUGGGAGGCCGAGUUCACCGACAGCCAGCGCGUGUGGGCCGAGUACGCGCUCAAGCGCCAGGAGGCCCAGGCCCAGAACCGCCGCCUCACCCUCGAGGAUCUGGAGGACAGCUGGGACCGGGGCAUCCCGCGCAUCAACACGCUGUUCUCUAAGGACCGCCACACUCUGGCGUACGACAAGGGCUGGCGCGUGCGCACCGACUUCAAGCAGUACCAGCUGCUCAAGCAGAACCCCUUCUGGUGGACCCACCAGCGCCACGACGGCAAACUCUGGAAUCUGAACAACUACAGGACAGAUGUCAUCCAGGCGCUUGGUGGUGUUGAGGGUAUCCUGGAGCACACCCUGUUCAAGGGCACCUACUUCCCCACCUGGGAGGGCCUGUUCUGGGAGAAGGCCAGCGGCUUUGAGGAGAGCAUGAAGUACAAGAAGCUCACCAACGCGCAGCGCUCCGGGCUGAAUCAGAUCCCCAACCGCCGCUUCACGCUGUGGUGGUCGCCCACCAUCAACCGCGCGAAUGUGUAUGUGGGCUUCCAGGUGCAGCUCGACCUCACCGGCAUAUUCAUGCACGGGAAGAUCCCCACGCUCAAGAUCUCCCUCAUCCAGAUCUUCAGGGCGCAUCUGUGGCAGAAGGUGCACGAGUCCGUCGUCAUGGACUUGUGUCAGGUGUUUGACCAGGAGCUGGACGCGCUGGAGAUCGAGACUGUGCAGAAGGAGACCAUCCACCCGCGCAAGUCGUACAAGAUGAACUCCUCCUGCGCAGACAUCCUGCUCUUCGCCGCCUACAGAUGGCCCAUGUCCAAGCCCAGCUUGAUGGCGGACACGAACGACAUGAUGGACCAGAAGCCCAGCAACAAGUACUGGGUGGACGUGCAGCUGCGCUGGGGCGACUACGACUCCCACGACGUUGAGCGCUACACGCGCGCCAAGUUCCUCGACUACACCACCGACAACAUGUCCAUCUACCCCUCCCCCACUGGGGUGAUGAUUGGCAUCGACCUGGCGUACAACCUGCACAGCGCGUUUGGGAACUGGUUUGAGGGCGUCAAGCCGCUGAUCAUCCAGGCGAUGGCCAAGAUCAUGAAGGCCAACCCGGCGCUGUACGUCCUGCGCGAGCGCAUCCGCAAGGGCCUCCAGCUCUACUCCUCCGAGCCCACUGAGCCCUAUCUCUCCUCCCAGAACUACGGCGAGCUCUUCUCCAACCAGAUCAUCUGGUUUGUGGACGACACGAACGUGUACCGGGUGACGAUCCACAAGACGUUUGAGGGCAACCUGACCACCAAGCCCAUCAACGGCGCCAUCUUCAUCUUCAACCCGCGCACGGGGCAGCUCUUCCUCAAGAUCAUCCACACCUCCGUCUGGGCCGGCCAGAAGCGCCUCGGCCAGCUCGCCAAGUGGAAGACCGCCGAAGAGGUGGCUGCGCUGGUGCGGUCGCUGCCGGUUGAGGAGCAGCCCAAGCGCAUCAUCGUUUCGCGCAAGGGCAUGCUGGACCCCCUCGAGGUCCACCUGCUCGAUUUCCCCAACAUCGUCAUCACCGGCUCCGAGCUGCAGCUGCCCUUCCAGGCCGCCCUCAAGGUGGAGAAGUUUGGGGACCUGAUCCUGAAGGCCAACGAGCCGCAGAUGGUGCUGUUCAACAUCUACGACGACUGGCUCAAGACCAUCUCCUCCUACACCGCCUUCUCGCGCCUCAUCCUCAUCCUGCGCGCGCUGCACGUGAACGUGGACAAGGCGCGCAUGCUGCUGCGCCCCGACAAGUCCAUCAUCACCGAGCCCCACCACGUCUGGCCCACCCUCACCGAUGAGCAGUGGAUCAAGGUGGAGAUUGCUCUGAAGGACCUGAUCCUGGCGGACUACAGCAAGAAGAACAACGUCAACGUGGGCGCGCUGACGCAGAGUGAGAUCCGCGACAUCAUCCUGGGCGCGGAGAUCACGCCGCCCUCCAUGCAGCGCCAGCAGAUCGCCGAGAUCGAGAAGCAGGCCGCCGCCGGCACCCAGAUGACCGCCGUCACCACCGAGACGCAGAACGUGCACGGUGACAAGCUGAUCGUGACGUCGUCGUCGCCGUACGAGCAGCAGAUGUUUGGGUCCAAGACGGACUGGCGCGUGCGCGCCAUCUCGGCCACCAACCUGCACCUGCGCGUCAACCACAUCUACGUGAACAGCGAGGACAUCCGCGAGACGGGCUUCACCUACGUCAUGCCCAAGAACGUGCUCAAGAAGUUCAUCUGCAUCGCCGACCUGCGCACCCAGAUCGCCGCCUUCAUCUACGGCGUCUCCCCGCCUGACAACCCGCAGGUGAAGGAGAUCCGGGCGGUGGUGAUGGUGCCGCAGUACGGCAGCCACCAGCAGGUGAACCUGCCGGCCGCGCUGCCGGAGCAUGACUACCUGCGCGACCUGGAGCCCCUGGGCUGGCUCCACACCCAGCCCAACGAGCUCCUCCAGAUGUCCGCCCAGGAUGUGACGAUGCACGCCAAGAUGCUGGAGGCGAACAAGAGCUGGGACGGCGAGCGCUGCGUGGUGAUCACGGCCUCCUUCACGCCGGGCUCCUGCUCGCUGACCGCCUACAAGCUGACGCCCGGCGGCUAUGAGUGGGGCCGCACCAACAAGGGCGACCUGGCCAACCCCGUCGGCUACAGUCCCAACCACUACGAGAAGGUCCAGAUGCUCCUCUCCGACAGGUUCAUGGGCUUCUACAUGGUGCCGGACGUGGGCAGCUGGAACUUCAACUUCCAGGGCGUCAAGCACCAGCCCACGAUGAAGUAUGGGCUGCGCCUGGCCAAUCCCAAGGAGUUCUACCACGAGAUCCACCGCCCCAAGCACUUCCUGGACUUCUCAACCAGUGAAGACAUUGAGCCGGAGGCCGACAGAGAGAAUCACUUCGACUAGGCCUGGACUAGCAGUGGCACUCUGGUUCCUGUCGCGGCCCUCAGGGAGUCUGUUUCAUUGUGGCUGUGAGAUCCUGUCUUAUAGCAUUCCAACGACUAGAGAGUGUUGUCUACAGUCCUUCUUAGACCUGGCUAUCAGAGAUACCAGGAAAAUUGUACUAUCAAGGCAACAGCGGCGUUCACUUUUUUUGACGUGUGUGCACGGGUGCGACGCCCUGAGUGACUACUUUUGACCAGACAUCUUGACUAUUAUCAGAGGCAUAAGGACAAGAUACGCCUCUCUGCUUUGCUGCUAUUUUGGCUGGCUUUGCUGCAAUGGCUUUAGCUGCUCCCAUAGGGACUGACAUGUCUGUACAUGAUGUAAGAGCAUUUCAUGUCUGC